AUUUCAUUAUUACUUUUAAUAGUAUUUUUAUUAUUAUGUAUUAUAAUUUUGUGAUAUAUCUUUGAAAAAUAAAACACAAAAAAAUAUGUCAAAGUGACAGAUCCUGUACUGUUCUGGACUCUGUGAUUAUUUUAUAACAGAAAUGUCCCGUCGGCGCCUUUUACUUUUAUCAUCCUCUAGUGUUCAUGGACAUCAAUAUUUAGUUUAUGCAAGAGAUGAAAUAAUAAAAUUAUUGAAACCAUGCAAUGUCGAAAAAAUCUUAUUCAUACCAUAUGCCAUGAAAGAUCAUGACGCAUAUACGGACACUGUUGCUAAAGCCCUAAAUACAUUGAACUUUGAAGUUGAAGGUAUUCAUACAUUUAGCGAUCCUGUAAAAGCUGUAGAAAAUGCUCAAGCAAUUUUUAUCGGCGGUGGAAACACUUUUCAGCUACUAAAAACUCUCUAUGACAAAUCAUUGAUAUGUCCGAUUCGAAAACGUGUACACGAGGACGGUAUGCCCUACAUGGGUAGCAGUGCCGGUACAAAUGUGGCCACAAUUAGUAUUAACACAACUAACGAUAUGCCAAUUGUUUAUCCACCGACUUUCAAGGCUUUAGAAUUAAUUCCAUUUAAUAUAAAUCCCCAUUAUAUCGAUGCAGAUCCAUUAAGCACCCAUAAAGGAGAAACGCGUGAAGAUCGAAUCGGUGAAUACUUAGAACAACCAGAGUCUCACAAUGUUUUGGGCUUACGGGAAGGCUGCAUGUUAGAAGUGAGUGAGAACAAAGCAUUUCUGCGGGGUAUCAAAGGUGCAAGAUUAUUUGAACGAAAUAUACCCGCUCGUGAACUGUGCGUAAAUGACGACGUUAGCUUUCUCUUAAAUUCAUGUUCAUAAGAAAUAUCAUCAUUUAAUAUUUUUAUAUCUUUUAUCAUAAAUAAAUUUUAUGACAAGGA